AUGCCGGACAAAAAUGUGAGUGCAUCACAGGCCCCUGAAGAGGCAGGUACUUAUCCCGUUCUGCCACUGCGUGACAUCGUUGUCUUCCCGCACAUGAUCGUGCCGCUGUUUGUUGGUCGUGAAAAGUCGAUCAAGGCGCUUGAGGAAGUCAUGGGAUCGGACAAGCAGAUCAUGCUUGCCACCCAGAUCAAUGCGGGCGACGACGAUCCGGAGCCUGCAGGCAUCUAUGAAAUCGGCACAAUCGCCAAUGUGCUGCAGCUGCUCAAGCUGCCUGAUGGUACCGUAAAGGUGCUUGUCGAGGGCCGCGCGCGCGCCGAGAUUGUGGAAUACACCGACCGCGAAGAGUAUUACGAAGCCCGCGCUGUCGAGCUGGCCGAACCUGAUGAGGAUCCGGUCGAGAUCGAGGCCCUGUCGCGCUCUGUGGUCUCCGAGUUUGAAAACUACGUCAAGCUCAACAAGAAAAUUUCGCCCGAAGUGGUUGGCGCUGCCAGCCAGAUCGACGAUUACUCGAAGCUCGCCGACACAGUCGCCUCGCAUCUGUCGAUCAAGAUACCGGAAAAGCAGGACAUGCUUUCGACCGUCUCGGUCAAGGGUCGUCUUGAAAAGUCGCUUGGCUUCAUGGAAGGCGAGAUUUCGGUGCUGCAGGUCGAAAAGCGCAUCCGCUCCCGCGUCAAGCGGCAGAUGGAGAAGACCCAGCGCGAGUACUAUCUCAAUGAGCAGAUGAAGGCGAUCCAGAAGGAGCUUGGCGACGGCGAGGACGGCCGCGACGAGAUGGCCGAAAUGGAAGCCCGCAUUGCCAAGACCAAGCUGUCCAAGGAAGCGCGCGAAAAGGCGGACGCCGAGUUCAAGAAGCUCAAGCAGAUGAGCCCGAUGUCGGCCGAAGCGACCGUGGUGCGCAAUUAUCUCGACUGGCUGCUGGGUCUGCCAUGGGGCAAGAAGUCCCGUGUCAAGAUUGACCUGAAUGCUGCCGAGAAGGUUCUUGAGGUCGACCAUUUCGGACUUGAGAAGGUCAAGGAGCGGAUCAUCGAGUAUCUUGCGGUGCAGGCGCGCUCGUCCAAGAUCAAGGGCCCGAUCCUCUGCCUCGUCGGACCUCCCGGCGUCGGCAAGACCUCGCUUGCCAAGUCAAUCGCCAAGGCGACCGGCCGCGAGUACGUGCGCAUGGCGCUGGGUGGCGUCCGUGACGAGGCCGAAAUCCGCGGUCACCGCCGCACCUAUAUCGGCUCGAUGCCCGGCAAGGUCGUCCAGUCGAUGAAGAAGGCCAAGAAGACCAACCCGCUGUUCCUUCUCGACGAGAUUGACAAGAUGGGCCAGGACUUCCGCGGUGAUCCGUCGUCAGCGCUUCUCGAGGUGCUGGAUCCGGAACAGAACUCGACUUUCAUGGACCACUAUCUCGAGGUUGAGUACGACCUGUCCAACGUGAUGUUCAUCACCACGGCCAACACGCUCAACAUCCCUGCUCCGCUGAUGGACAGAAUGGAAGUCAUUCGCAUCGCCGGUUACACCGAAGACGAGAAGGUGGAAAUCGCCCGCAGGCAUCUUUUGCCCAAGGCCGUGCGUGACCACGCGCUCAAGCCCGAGGAGUUCGAAGUCAGCGACGAUGCGCUGUUGCAGAUCGUCCGGACCUACACCCGCGAAGCCGGGGUUCGUAACUUCGAGCGUGAGCUGAUGAAGCUUGCCCGCAAGGCGGUGACCGAGAUCCUCAAGACCGGCGAAAAGAAGGUCAGUGUUACCGCUGACAAUCUCUCCGACUAUCUCGGCGUGCCCCGGUUCCGCUACGGCGAAGCCGAAUUCGACGAUCAGGUUGGUGUUGUCACCGGACUGGCCUGGACCGAAGUGGGCGGCGAGUUGCUGACCAUCGAAGGUGUCAUGAUGCCCGGCAAGGGCAAGAUGACCGUCACCGGCAAUCUGCGUGAUGUGAUGAAGGAAUCGAUCUCUGCGGCGGCGUCCUAUGUCCGCUCGCGGGCUGUCGAUUUCGGCAUCGAGCCGCCCUUGUUCGACAAGCGCGACAUCCACGUUCAUGUUCCCGAAGGGGCCACCCCCAAGGAUGGCCCAUCGGCCGGCGUUGGCAUGGCAACCGCGAUCGUCUCGAUCAUGACCGGCAUUCCGGUGCGCCGCGAUGUUGCCAUGACCGGCGAGAUCACCCUGCGUGGCCGGGUGUUGCCGAUCGGCGGUCUCAAGGAGAAGCUUCUUGCGGCGCUGCGCGGCGGCAUCAAGACCGUGAUGAUCCCCGAGGACAAUGCCAAGGAUCUCCCCGAGAUUCCGGACAAUGUCAAAAAUGGCCUGGAGAUCAUUCCGGUUGCCAAGAUGGGCGAUGUGUUGCGGCAUGCACUUGUGCGGAUGCCCGAGGCCAUCACAUGGGAUCCAGACGCAAAGCCGGAGGCGGCGAUUGCCGCGGAUGCCGGCGAAGAGGGGACGGAAAUGAACAAGAAUGAACUCGUGGCCGCUGUGGCCGAGAAAUCGGGCCUGAGCAAGGGUGAUGCAACUUCGGCUGUUGAAGCCGUUUUCGAAACCAUCACCGGCGAGCUCAAGAAUGGCGGCGACGUCCGUCUGAUCGGCUUCGGCAACUUCACCGUUUCGCGCCGCGAAGCUUCGAAGGGCCGCAACCCGCAGACCGGCAAGGAAGUUGACAUUCCUGCGCGCAACGUGCCGAAGUUCUCGGCCGGCAAGGCCUAUUCGCUGCUUGAGGGCGCACUGCCGAUCAAGACCCUGAUCAAGCGCGCCGUUGCCGAUGACCAGCCAGCACUUGCCAUUACCGACACCAACAAUCUGUUUGGCGCACUGGAAUUCUCUGUAAAGGCCAUGGAAGCGGGCAUUCAGCCGCUCAUCGGCUGCCAGCUUGAUAUCGACAUGGAGGACGGCCAGGCCGGAGACCGGCGGUCUCACCGCGAUCAUCUGCAAAAAUUGCCGUCGAUUGUCUUGUACGCUGCAACACCUGACGGAUAUGACCGUCUGGUCGCGCUGGUCAGCCAGGCCUAUCUUGGCGGCAACAGCACCGAGAGCAAUGAUCGCACCCAUAUCCUGUUGUCCUGGUUGCAGCAGGGGGCGGAAGGCCUUAUCGCGCUCACCGGAGCCACUGGCGGUCCCGUCGACCAGGCAAUGCGCGACGGCCACGCGGAACAGGCCAGGGCCCGCCUGGACACCCUGAAAGACGUGUUUGGUGACCGGCUUUACAUCGAAUUGCAGCGUCAGAGCGGCUUUGACCGGGCGCAUGAAGCCAAGAUGAUUGCGCUCGCCUAUGAUGCCGAGGUUCCGCUCGUUGCCACCAACGAAGCCUUUUUCCCGACACCUGAUGAUUUCGAAGCCCACGAUGCGCUGAUGGCUGUGGCCAACAACGCGGUCAUGUCGGAUGACCGGCGACCGCGUCUGAGCGUGGACAAUUGUCUCAAGUCCCGCGCCGAAAUGGUGGAACUGUUUGCCGAUAUUCCCGAGGCACUGGAAAACACCAUCGAGAUCUCCCGUCGUUGCAGCGCGAUCGUCGAGCGCCGGGAUCCGAUCCUGCCGCGCUUUACCGGCGGUGGUGAGGAAGAUCCGGUCGCAGCUCUUGCCGCUGAAGCCGCAGAGCUACGGCGGCAGUCGAUCGAAGGCUUGGAAAAGAGGCUGGCCCGGAUUGGCCUUGCCGAGGGAUAUACGGAAGCUGAUUACCGCGAGCGGCUGAAGGUAGAACUCGAUAUUAUCGAGAACAUGAAGUUUCCGGGCUACUUCCUGAUCGUGGCAGACUUCAUCAAGUGGGCCAAGGAUCACGAUAUCCCCGUCGGCCCGGGUCGUGGGUCGGGUGCCGGUUCACUGGUCGCCUACGCGCUGACCAUUACCGAUGUCGAUCCAUUGCGCUUCUCCCUGCUGUUCGAGCGCUUCCUCAACCCGGCCCGUGUCUCGAUGCCCGACUUUGACAUCGACUUUUGCCAGGAUCGCCGUGAAGAGGUGAUCCGCUAUGUGCAGAAGAAAUAUGGCCGCGAACAGGUCGGGCAGAUCAUCACCUUCGGAAGCCUGCAGGCGCGUGCGGCCCUGCGCGAUGUCGGCCGCGUGCUGGAAAUGCCAUAUGGCCUGGUUGACCGGAUCUGCAAGCUGGUGCCCAACAACCCGGCCAAUCCAACACCGCUGAACAAGGCGAUCGAGGAAGAGCCGCGCUUCAACGAAGAGGUUGAGAAGGAGCCUGCCGUUGGCCGGCUUCUCGAUAUCGCGCAGAAACUUGAAGGCCUCUACCGUCACGCCUCCACCCAUGCCGCCGGCAUCGUGAUUGGCGACCGGCCGCUGUCGCAACUGGUACCGAUGUACCGCGACCCGCGCUCGGACAUGCCGGUCACCCAGUUCAACAUGAAAUGGGUGGAGCAGGCGGGGCUGGUCAAAUUCGACUUUCUCGGCCUCAAGACCCUGACCGUGCUCAAGACCGCGGUCGGCUUCAUAGCCAAACGCAACAUCACGAUUGAUCUCGAAGCCCUGCCGCUGGACGACCAGCCAACCUACGAAAUGCUCUCGCGCGGCGAGACCGUUGGCGUGUUCCAGGUGGAAUCCGCGGGCAUGCGCAAGGCGCUGAUCGGCAUGCGGCCCGACCGCAUCGAGGACAUCAUCGCUCUGGUCGCACUCUACCGACCGGGUCCGAUGGAAAACAUCCCGGUCUACAAUGCCCGCAAGCAUGGUGAAGAAGAGGUCGCCUCGAUCCACCCCAAGAUCGAUGAUCUGCUGGCCGAAACCCAGGGCGUGAUCGUCUACCAGGAACAGGUGAUGCAGAUCGCCCAGGUUCUGGCAGGCUAUUCGCUCGGAGAAGCCGACCUUCUGCGCCGCGCCAUGGGCAAGAAGAUCAAGGAGGAGAUGGACAAGCAGCGGGUCCGGUUCGUCGAGGGCGCGGUGGAGCGCGAUGUCUCCAAACCGCAGGCCGACAUGAUCUUUGAUCUGCUGGCCAAGUUCGCCAACUACGGCUUCAACAAGUCCCACGCCGCCGCCUACGGCAUAGUCUCUUACCAGACCGCCUAUCUCAAGGCACAUUACCCGGUCGAAUUCCUCGCCGCGUCGAUGACGCUCGAUAUGUCAAACACCGACAAGCUGGUUGAUUUUCGUCAGGAUGCCAGGCGGCUUGGCAUCGAGGUGGUGGCGCCGUCAGUACAGACCAGCUUCCGCCAUUUCGAGACCGGCGACAACAAGAUCUACUACGCGCUGGCCGCCAUCAAGGGUGUCGGCGAUGCCGCGGUUGAGCACAUCGUCGAGGUCCGCGGCGACGAGCCUUUCGCCUCGCUUGAGGAUUUUUGCACCCGCAUCGAUCCCCGCCAGGUCAAUCGUCGGGUGCUCGAAAGCCUGAUUGCGGCGGGCGCGUUUGACUGUUUCGGGCACGACCGCGCCAUGCUCAGCGGAGGGCUGGACCGGGUUCUGGGCUUCGCCCAGCGCGCGCAGGAAAACCGCAUCAGCGGCCAGAGCGACAUGUUCGGCAUCGGCGGCGGUGCGGGCGAGGCCGAGACCAUCCAGCUGCCGGCCACCAUGCCCUGGCUGCCGGCCGAAAAGCUGCACCGCGAAUACCAGGCGCUGGGCUUUUACCUCUCUGCCCAUCCGCUUGAUUCCUAUAAUGAACUGCUGGCAAAGAUGCGGGUUCAGACCUGGGCCGAUUUCUCUGUCGCUGUGAAGGCCGGGGCCACCGCCGGUCGGCUCGCCGGCACUGUCACCAGCAAGCAGGAACGCAAGACCCGCACCGGCAACAAGAUGGGCAUCGUCGCCUUUUCGGAUAGCUCCGGCCAGUACGAGGCGGUGCUGUUUUCCGAAGGCCUGGCACUUUACCGCGAGCUUCUCGAACCGGGAAAAUCCAUCGUCAUCACGGUCACCGCGGAGGAGCGUCCCGAGGGAAUUGGCUUGCGUAUCCAGACGGCCGAUUCGCUGGAAGACCGCGCGGCGCGGGGACAGUCGGCACUCAGGGUGUUCCUGCGCGAUGCCAAGCCGCUCAACUCGGUCUCCACGCAUCUCAAGUCACGCGGCGAGGGCCAGGUGUCCUUUGUCAUGAUCAAGGAUGAUGGCCGUCGCGAGAUUGAGGUCACGCUGCCCGACCGCUACAAGAUUUCGCCGCAGCUCGCCUCGGCCUUGAAGGCCGCACCAGGGGUUCUCGACGUCGAGCUGGUUUAA